CCAACGCCCGGUGCCAGCGCGCGCUCUGCUGACGCAAACACGUCGCUGUGGCUCAGAGCGAUGGCGGACCGCGACGUCCCCAGACGUGCCCAGGGAGGGACGCAGCAAAGUCACUGAGCCACUUUGCCCGGCUCCGUUAUUCCGCCGCCCGGCCACCUGUUAACGAGCCGCCGCCGCCGCCGCGACCCGUGCCGGGAAAAAGCCUAGUAUGCGGGACGGGGCCUGCUCGGAGAGCGCGGACCGGGACGAGCCAGAAGUGGAGUGAAGCGCGGCGCAGAGCAGAGCAGCGCAGCGCAGCGGAGCGCGCGGGGCUGACGCGCCGCAUGUUGAGCCAGCAAGUUGACUGAAAUAACAAAAGUCGCGUCGACGGGGAAGGGGACGGACGCUCUAGGAUUUAACGGAGGUCUGAGGGGACAAUUCUUUUGGCAAAAUGAAAUUUGCGGAGCAUCUUUCGUCCCAUAUAACUCCCGAGUGGAGGAAACAAUACCUUCAAUAUGAGGCGUUCAAGGACAUGCUGUAUGCUGCCCAGGACCAAGCUCCGUCCAUAGAAGUUACAGAUGAAGACACGGUGAAGAGGUACUACGCCAAGUUUGAGGAGAGGUUUUUCCAGACGUGUGAGAAGGAGCUACUGAAAAUCAACACGUUCUAUUCAGAAAAGCUCGCUGAAGCCCAGAGACGCUUCGCCACGCUGCAAAAUGAGCUGCAGUCGUCCCUGGACGCGCAACGUGAGAGCGCGGCGCCGCCCAGUCUGCGCAAACGCAAGACCAUGUUCAACAUGUCGCAGGAGGAGCGCUGCAAACACCACAACAUCAAGGACCUGAAGUUGGCCUUCAGCGAGUUCUACCUCAGCCUCAUCCUGCUCCAGAACUACCAGAACCUGAACUUCACCGGGUUCCGUAAGAUCCUAAAGAAGCAUGACAAGAUCCUGGACACGUCCCGCGGGGCCGACUGGCGCGUCGGUCACGUGGAGGUGGCCACUUUCUACACCUGCAAGAAGAUCACACAGCUCAUCUCUGAGACAGAGACUCUGGUGACCACGGAGCUGGAGGGAGGGGAUCGUCAGAGGGCCAUGAAGAGGCUGAGGGUUCCUCCACUGGGAGCAGCUCAGCCGGCUUUGGCCUGGACGACCUUUCGCGUCGGCCUCUACUGUGGCUUCUUCAUCAUCCUCGCCGUCGCCUUCGUUCUCUCUGGGGCCGUCUUCAUCCGCUACGAGAACAUGUGGCCGCUGGUGCGGAUCUAUCGCGGCGGCUUCCUGUUAAUCCAGUUCCUCUUCCUGUUGGGCAUCAACACCUACGGAUGGCGGAAGGCCGGAGUCAAUCAUGUCCUGAUCUUUGAAAUCAACCCCCGAAACAACCUCUCUCACCAGCACCUGUUUGAGAUUGCUGGUUUCCUGGGAGUGCUGUGGUGCCUCAGCAUCCUCUCCUGCCUGUACUCCGAGUACCUCCACCUUCCCAUGCAGAUCAACCCGCUCGUCCUCUACGGGUUCAUGGUGCUUUUCCUCAUCAACCCCCUGAAAACCUGCUACUACAAAUCACGUUUCUGGCUCCUCAAGCUUCUGUUCCGCGUGUUCACGGCGCCGUUCCACCGCGUGGAGUUCGCCGACUUCUGGCUGGCCGACCAGCUCAACUCCCUGGUGUUUGUCCUGAUGGACCUCGAGUAUCUGGUCUGCUUCUACAUAUUCGAGCUGCAGUGGAGCAGCAACCAGGGCCUGCUGCCCAAAGGAAAAGGCGCCGCCGACUUCGUGUGCCACAGCUACUCGUACGGCCUGCGCGCCGUCAUCCAGUGUCUGCCCGCCUGGCUGCGCUUCAUCCAGUGCCUGCGGCGCUACCGCGACACCAAGCGGGCGUUCCCGCACCUGGUCAACGCCGGCAAAUACUCCACCACCUUCUUCGUCGUCACCUUCGCCGCGCUCUACGCUACGCACAACGAACAAGGACAUUCGGACGCCGACAUGUUCUUCUACCUGCUCAUCGUGUUCUCGAUCAUCAGCUCCCUGUACACACUGAUCUGGGAUCUGCGCAUGGACUGGGGGCUGUUCGACCGCGGAGCUGGAGAGAACACCUUCCUCCGAGAAGAGAUCGUUUACCCACACAAGGCCUACUACUACUGUGCCAUCAUAGAGGACGUGAUCCUGCGUUUCGCCUGGACCGUCCAGAUCUCUCUGACUACAAUGACCAAGAUCCACUCUGUGGGCGACAUCAUAGCUACUGUGCUGGCUCCACUUGAGGUCUUCAGGCGCUUUGUCUGGAACUUCUUCCGUCUGGAGAACGAGCACCUGAACAACUGUGGCGAGUUCCGUGCGGUGAGGGACAUCUCAGUGGCGCCGCUCAACGCCGACGACCAGACGCUGCUGGAGCAGAUGAUGGACCAGGACGACGGCGUCCGGAACCGCUCGGGCAAGAAGACGUGGAAGCGGUCGUACAGCCUGUCGCUCCGGCGCCCCCUGCUGUCCUCCUCACAAUCGAAAAAGGACACGAAGGUGCUAAUUGAAGACACGGAUGACGAAGCCUUCAGCUGAGUCAGCACCUAGACGCACACACACACACACACACACACACACACACACACACACACACACACACACACACACACACACACACACACACACAGAUAAACCCUAUACUUAUAAGGACCUCGGGCCUCCUCCAUUUCAGUCUUAUGUGUAGUGACCUUCAACCUUUAAUCAGCGAGGCUCUCGCCCUCGCCUUGAUAAACUUACCUCAUCCGUACUUGCUUGUGAGUAUGUUCGGUCUUUAUAAGUAUAGAAUACACGUUGUACUGCACAAACACACCCUGCGAAGCACAUACACGACGUAUCAGAUGGACAGACAUCAAGGGAAAAGAGCUGCACGCGCCUGGAAACACGCCGCCCUGGGAUUUUCCUCUCGGUUUGACACAGACGUUCUUAGUAGGUGUCGCUUGUGUUGAGACUUUUCUUUAGACCCGCCUUUCCUUUGUCCUGUGCGUCUGUGGAGGAGGAGAUUACAGGCUCCAGACGACUGUUUACUGUUUACAUGCAUUUUUUAACUCUAGGAUCAACAGGGAGAAGUCAAAGCCAAACAAAAGACUAAAUACUCAUCAGUAGAAUCCCGAGGAAGGACUCUGCACACGACGCAGCAUAUCGCAACUAAUCAACUGGUUUCAACUCGUUGAUUCUUUUUAUACUUCUUUGUUUAUUUGUUUGUUAGUUUUAGUUGACGUCGGUGUACAACUACAGCCCUGGAGGCAUUUGCAGGAAAAGUGCAUUUGAUACGCAAACGCCCACUUUUACACAACAAGGAUGUUUCCAUUCAGAGAUUUUUAGCCUGUGACGCUGUGCUAGGAUCAACUUAAUACGGUUUGACGUGCAUUUAUUACUCAAUUGUAGUUGUUCAGUACGUCUGUGUCUUCAUACUAUUAAGGCUAAUUUGAGUGUUCACACAAUGAUAAUGGAUGUAUUUUAUAAUAUUUGGAAUGUUUUUGCUUUAGUUGGACUCGUGCCACGUGAUUAACGAGCUCAUAGCUCUCGGUCCCCACUCCGGCCUCGUCUGUUGGUGUGAGACGGCUGCUCUGCCACAAAUUCAGUCAUUUCUCAGGUUUUUCAAAAAAAUAUGUGCUUCUACUACUGAAGGUGCGUGUAGCACUAAGGAACGCCUCCUUAUAUGAUGUGUUUCAAUACAAACGGAGGAAUGAUGGAGAUGAUGUGGGAUCGUCUUCAUGGCAGAGCAGCUGUGCACCACAAUAAAGUGGCCACUGUUUUUUUGCAUAAAGCGCCAAAGCUUCGCGUUUAUAAAUGAAUGUUGCCAGAGUAGCUGUGUCUGUCCAACCUGCCCCAGAGGGUCAAAGGUCACGGAGCCAAGCGUUUGUUCGAAUACCUUAUUUAAUUUACCACCGUUUUAGGAAGAAAGGCCUGAUAUCCCACUCGUGCUUAUUAGUGUUAUUAUUUGUGUUUACUGGCCAUCGUGUGCAGAUGCCAGCUGUUUGUCUCAACACAGAGCACAGAGCCAGGGUUCAAAGGUGGAGCAUAAAGCUGACGGGUUUACAACUGCUUUUCAGUUUAGUUUACCGCUAGCUGAUGUGUGUCAGAAUUAACAACGACGCAGAACUAGAACAGUUCAGGGAUCCAAGGAGCUGCUGGUUAUGGGCUGAUUCGCUCUUCUCUUUCUGUUUAACGUCCUCGCUCUGCUCUCUCUCCGUGGGGAACGCUGUGUCUCCAUCACAUAGUCAAAGAACAAACACCCACAAACCUGACUGAGAAGUUUCUGUGUGCAAUGAGCCGAAGAUUUAUUGGAAAGUAUAAAGUGUGUUUUAUCCGUUAGGGCUCAGACGAUGAGAAGCGUCCCCGUCCAUUACCUGAACACCUGUAAGUGCAAACAGGUGCAGAUCAUGAAACACGCGUGCACGCACACGCACACGCACACACACACACACACACACACACACACACACACACACACACACACACACUCUCUUUGUGUCAGAGAGCACAACGCCACAGCAGAUGGUCGUGUAAAAUAGCUGUUGUUCUGUCUGCAUGCUGCUUGAGUUUUACAUUGUACAUAGAUCUUAAUUUAUUGGACAUGUGUAUAUUAGCAAUCAUUGGAACAAUGGUUGAUUUCAUACGUUGCCAUUUUUGCUCAGACAGGCAGUAUUUUGUAGGUGAUGAGGAGCUUUUUUUUGUUGAUUGUUCACAAAAUCCUGCACUUUUUUCAUGUAUAAAUCUGUUGAAAACGUGUUUGUAUAAAAACUGGAGACAAAAAAAAAUCAAUAGAAAUGUAAACUGUGACCGGUGGUAUCGUUUGUGGUUUUGGAGGGGGAGGGUUUAUGUCCAGGGGUCGUGCAGGAGCUGGUUUCUGUGUCAUGAAGCUGUCCCAAGUGUUUGUACAUUUCUCAACGUGCAUGAAAACGUGGAUGUUGCGUCUGUCGUGAAGCGUCCUGCAGAAAAAGCGCUCUCAGACCCGCCUGCGCUCGCAUCAGGAGCAGGUCUGGGAUGCUUGUUCACGCCAGCUGGAAGCGUCUCUGCGGGGGAACACACGUUUUAAGAGGCCACGGUGCGUUCACGGGCGCGCGGGGCUAACAGGGUUCAUCGUACGGUUUGUGUUCGAUAGGACGGCGGCGAAGAGCCCUGACGUUCCAUUUUUAUCAUGGGUGAAACACACUCACUGCUUGCUCUAACGUUCUAGUGCUUGGUGUGUGCGCAGCCUCCCCCUCUCUCGAUGUUGUUUUCCUCUAAUCUAGCUGACUGUGAUAGUACCUGUGGUUUGGUAGAUGGAUGCUCUACUUUGAUAAGAUACAGAAAAGAUAAUAGAAUAAAUACAUUGUGGCUAAAUGUGAUUUUAAAAGACUUCAAGAAAGGAAAAUGUCUUACAGUCUGAACCAUCCUCCCCGCGUCCCUUUUACAGAGUAGUUUGUACAUGUCGAAUGUAUAACACUGUUCUAUGAUGGUUUUCCUGAUGGUAUUUGUAUUUCUGUAAACACUUUAGUGAUCCUGUCAUAUCUGGGUUUUAUAAACCAUGAUUAUUUUUAAAUCUC